GAAAGCAAAACAGCAGCGCGGUCCGCUUCAGGCGAAAGCCGCAACAACGGCGCAUUGGGCAAGGCCCCGGACGCAUCAGCAUAAUCGUUUUGCCGGCGUAUAUAAGCGGGCAGCUGCUUGGAGCUGGUCAUCAGUCGCCUCAUCGGUUUCCAUUCUUCAGCUACGUGAAGUUUCACAGAUUUCGUCCCAAGCAAGAAACUUCCAGCAAUGAAGGUAAGCAGCCAGGCGUCGCCCAACCGGGUUCAAUUCUAAUGCUCAAAUUUCUUCAACAGAUCUUUGUGUGUUUAUUCGCCGCACUUGUUGCCACCAGCUCCGCUGGCAUCAUUGGAGGUGGUGGCGGCGGCGGCGGUGGAGGUUACAGUUAUGGCAUCGGCAGCGGCGGCGGUGGCGGUGGUGGUCAUGGCCAUGGACAUACUGAGGUGCGCACCGUCAAGGUCAUUCACGAAGGCAGCUAUGGUGGUCAUGGCGGUGGUCAUGGCGGCGGCUAUGGCGGCGGUUAUGGCGGCGGUUAUGGCGGUGGUCAUGGCGGGCACGAGGUGAAGACCAUCAAAGUUGUUCACCAGGAAGCACCUGCUUAUCAUGGCCAUGGUGGCCAUCAUCAGGAGGUGAAAACCAUUAAAGUCAUCCACCAGGAAGCGCCAGCUGCUCAUCACAGCUUUGGUGGUCACCAGGAGGUCAAGACUGUGAAGGUUAUUCACCAGGAUGGCGGCUAUGCUUUGGGCGGCGGCGGUUACACCGGCGGAUUCUCUCAUGGUGGUGGACACGAUAUUGGCCAUGCCCAUCAAGAGGUCAAGACCGUUAAAGUUAUUCACGAGGAGGCACCAGUUGCUCAUCACAGCUUCGGUGGUCACCAGGAGGUCAAGACUGUGAAGGUCAUUCACGAAGAUGGCGGCUAUGCUCUGGGCGGCGGUGGUGGCUACGCUGGCGGCUUCUCCCACGGCGGUGGCGAUAUUGGCUACGGUGGCGGUCAUGCCCACCAAGAAGUGAAAACCGUUAAGGUUAUUCAUGAGGAGGCUCCAGCGGUUCAUCAUGACUUCUCGCACGGAGGUGGUCAUCAGGAGGUCAAGACUGUCAAGGUUAUUCAUGAGGAUGGCGGCUAUGCUUUGGGCGGCGGUGGCGGCUAUGCCGGUGGCUACUCCCAUGGCGGCGAUCAUGUCCAUGAGGAGGUGAAGACCGUUAAGGUCAUUCACGAAGAAGGCGCCCCAGCGCCCGUUGCCUCCCACAACGAGUACCUGCCCCCAGUUGCCUCAGCUCCCCAGCCCGGUUACCUGCCCCCCGUCGUUAGCUGGAAGUAAUCCCCUCAACUGUGCCCAGUUGUUCUGUGAUUUGAACUGUGUCAUGACUGUGACCUCCUUUGUUAAAUAGUUUUAGUAGCCCCUUGCCCCAUUUUUUUUUUUUUUUGGAUGAUAUCCAUUAGUUCUUUAAGCGUGAAACACUUUUUUUUCUGUUGAAAAAUAA